CCCACUUAUUACCCCGCCAUCAAUAUCGGUUAUCGAUAACAAACUUAGCCGCCAGAAGUGCAAUUGAUGUUCUCUUUCGUUUUGAUAGAGGUCUGUGACUGUGGAAAAGCUUGAAAAAGUUUGUAUUUAAAAGAUAAGAAAUUGUUUCCAGGGUCACUGUGCAUAGUUUCCAAAGAAAUAGUCCACGUUUGCUGCAAAUCAAAUCAAGGGAUUCCCAGAAAAUCAAAUUCCUCAAGGAGAUAACAACGGUAAAAUUACCUAAGUGCCAUGGAUUCCAAGUUGAUUCACAAGGGAUCCCUUGAUCUUGAGGACGUCUACGCUGCGGAGCAAGUUGAAUGGCUACUGCAGUGGAACAAUCAUUUGUGCCUGGAAAGCGACGUGGACUCUACGGCCUUGCAAAUGCAGCUGCUUUCGGUCAAUUCCUUGAAGGAGAAACUUAAGCUGAAGCUGGAUCAUCUAAGUGAUAUGCUAGGGAAUGCCUGUUCCAGCCUGGGAGACCGGAAGACUAACAAGUUGGACGUCGACGGUCAUGCUCUGAAAGCCAGACUGGAGGAAAGUGAGAAUAAAAUCCACCAGUUAAUUGCUAGGGACCACGAAAGCAGGAGGACCAUAGAGGAGUUGACCCACGACCUUCAGUUCGUAACGCUACAAAAGGAACAGCUCACCAUUGAACGUGAUGGGUUGACACUGAAAUUGGAGGAGCAGGAGUCCAGCUAUAAAGAUGUGGUGGCCAAGCAGGUGCAGCAGAUCCGCUCUGUGCAGGUCAUCAUUUCGAAGUCGCAACAGGAAAUCAGCCAAAUGGAGGCAUUAUGCCGGCAAUUGCUCGUGGAUCUCGAAGGUCAGGAGCAAGUGCAUCUUCAGCAACUGGAGGCCCAGAGACAGAGUCUGGUGGAGAAUAACGAGGACAGCAUCACUUGCUCCAUUUGCUGGGUGGCCUGGGAUGCGGAAGGAGACCACCGGGUCGUCUCUCUGGCCUGUGGCCAUCUAUUCGGCGACUCGUGCGUUCGCAAUUUUUUAAUGCGAAAUGAGAGCUGUCCGAUUUGCCGGCAGCCGGCGACUGCCGAACAUAUUCGCUUUAUCUUCGGUCGUCAUGUUCUACCCAACCAAACACAGUAACUCGGAUCUGCUUAUUUACGAUGAUUACCGAUUUAUCAGCGCACUAAGUGAAACUCAGGAAAAAAAAUAUAUAUGACUGCUUCCUUGUUUACAUUUCGUGUUCCUCGAAAGCUUUUGUUUGCUAUAGAAAAUGCAUGGCAAGCAUAAUUUUUGCUGAAAGACGUGUUGAAAACAUUUCAUUUUUAAGUUGUUCUUAUCUUCAAUUGUAUUGCAUUUAAUGUAAAGUUCCUUUGCAAAUGUUUUAGAAAUAUUUGAUUACGUAACAGUUAUUGAGAGUUUUAAAAUUUCGAAAUGUUUUUUAAUAAAAUAAAUACAAACUCAAAAA